GCUCAGUCCACUCGUAAGAAACGCAGGAAUAAGACGCAGCAUUAAAAAAAUAUGGACUUGUCUUACAAAACUGAUUUUCAUUGUUCGCUACUUAAAAUUUAGUGAUAAAUAUAUUACUUCGGGACUGAAAAUCUUAUGAAUAUACGUGUGAGAUUUGGCGAUACCAUUCAUUACUUAGGAAGCCGAGCGCAUAAGCUCUCACAAUUAUAAUAUUUAAGUUAUAUGAAUAUUAAAUAUUAAAACCAACUGUUUAAUCAAAGAGUUUCCUUAAAAUUGUUAAAGUUGCUGAUCAAAAGUGGAAAUUUAUGCGUGCCGUUAAUUAAAAAAGCAAACAUCUUUCAAAAAUGUUCACGCCGACGGUUAAUAUUAUUUAACAGGAUAAUUUAAUUCAUAAAACGACGUAGUUGUGGACUAACUUUAAUGAAAUGGACGCCUACGCGUUACCAACAUAUUUUCCCCUUGCGUAUUCUGAAUUGCAGUUUUUAGCGUCCAGGAGAGCAGCUGCCGUCGCUGCAGCGGCCACUGUUUCACCAGGAUCACCAUGCAUAAACCAACAUCACCAAACUGACGUUUCAAGCUCAAUAACAGUUCCAUCAAUGAUUCCAUCGGGUGGACCACCAGAUUCAAUAAAAACUUCAAUUCAACCACAAAUAUGCAAUGAAAACAACCUUCAUGGAAAUGCUGGCCACCAGCACAAUCAUCAGCCUCAACAUAUUCACAAUAUAAAUGUUACUGGGCAGCCACAUGCACAUGACUUUCACCCGGCCUAUAGAAUUCCCGGAUAUAUGGAACAGUUGUAUUCUCUUCAACGAACUAAUUCAGCUUCAUCAUAUCACGAUCCCUAUGUCAAUUGUGCAUCAGCAUUCCAUCUUGCCGGACUUGGUUUGGGAUCAGCUGAUUUUUUGGGCAGCCGAGGUUUGAGCUCUUUGGGUGAACUGCAUAAUGCGGCUGUAGCAGCAGCAGCAGCUGGAUCUCUCGCAAGUACUGAUUUCCACUUCAGUGUCGAUGGAAACAGGCGGUUGGGUAGCCCUCGACCACUAGGAGGAAGUAUACGUGCCAGCAUAAGCCGCAAACGAGCACUUUCGUCAUCGCCUUAUUCCGAUUCAUUUGAUAUUAAUUCAAUGAUUCGGUUUUCGCCAAACUCUUUAGCCACAAUUAUGAACGGUUCUCGAGGAAGCAGCGCGGCUAGUGGUUCUUACGGUCAUAUUUCUGCUACCGCCCUAAAUCCCAUGUCUCAUGUACAUUCAACCCGUCUGCAACAGAUACAAGCUCAUUUGUUGCGUGCAAGUGCAGGUCUGUUAAAUCCGAUGACACCACAACAAGUUGCUGCAUCUGGAUUUUCUAUGGGGCAUAUGCCAACCUCUGCUUCUUUGAGAGUAAAUGACGUACAUCUUAAUCUAAGCGAUUCACCUAGCCAGAUAACAACAUCUCCAACUCCCAGGCUUGGUACAAAGGAUUUAAGCCAGGUCCCAGCUGUAGCAUUCUCGUUGAAAAACUUAGAUGAUGCAAGACAGAAAAAGGGACCCUUUAAAGAUGUUGUCCCCGAGCAGCCUUCAUCGACAUCUGGUGGCGUAGCACAAGUAGAGGCCGACAGUGCCUCUUCACAGUUAUCUGACCGUUGUUACAACAACGUGGUAAAUAAUAUUAAAAGCGUUCCUGGUGACGUUAAAGUAAAUAGCCGUUUGGAUGAGUAUAUUAACUGCGGAUCAAUUUCGAUUCCGUCAAAUGAAUAUGAUUGUGCUAAUGCUGACACAACGGAUAUCAAGGAUGAACCUGGAGAUUUCAUUGAAACAAAUUGUCAUUGGCGUAGCUGUCGCAUUGAGUUCAUUACGCAAGAUGAACUUGUUAAACAUAUAAAUAAUGAUCAUAUUCAAACAAAUAAGAAAGCUUUUGUCUGUCGAUGGGAAGAUUGUACACGCGGUGAAAAACCAUUUAAAGCGCAGUAUAUGCUUGUUGUGCAUAUGCGUCGUCAUACCGGUGAAAAGCCACACAAAUGCACGUUUGAAGGCUGCUUUAAGGCAUAUUCACGUUUGGAAAACCUCAAAACUCAUUUACGAUCACACACAGGAGAAAAACCAUACACUUGCGAGUAUCCGGGAUGUAGCAAAGCUUUUAGUAAUGCUAGUGAUCGCGCAAAACACCAAAAUCGAACACACAGUAAUGAGAAACCGUACAUUUGUAAAGCACCUGGAUGCACAAAACGUUACACCGACCCGAGCUCUUUGAGAAAACAUGUAAAAACAGUCCAUGGUGCAGAAUUUUAUGCAAAUAAAAAACAUAAGGGGUUGCCUCUAAAUGACGCAAACUCUCGGUUACAACAAGACAACAGUCGGCAUAAUCUUCAAGAGAACAAUAUCGACUCAAGCCCUUGCAGUGAAGACUCACAUUUGGGAAAAAUUUUGGGCACGUCUAGUCCUAGCAUUAAAUCUGAAUCAGAUAUAAGCUCAUCAAACCAUCAGUUAGUAAAUGGAGUUCGAGCAUCUGACAGUUUGGUAACAUAUUCACCUGAUGAUCAUGCUGAAAAUCUUAAUUUGGAUGACGGCUGGAAUUGUGACGACGAUGUGGACGUCGCAGACCUACCAAUUGUGUUACGUGCUAUGGUGAAUAUUGGUAACGGAAAUGCGUCCGCCUCCACUAUUGGAGGGGCUGUUUUGGCUAGGCAACGGUUUAGAAGUCGUCUUCAAACUAAAGGUAUAAAUUCAAGUACGAUUAUGCUUUGUAACAUUCCGGAAAGCAAUCGUACUGUUGGAAUUAGCGAACUUAAUGAGCGUAUUACAGAACUGAAAAUGGAGCCAGGUGCUGCUCGUGAAAUUAAAAUUCCAAUGCUCCCAAAUACGACCAUAGGAGGAUAUCCGGAAGACCCUUUACAAAACCAAACAAGUUCUCGUAAUACAGUAUUGAAUAAGCAGGGAGCUGUUUCCGGAUCGAUGCAAGGGCAGUCUCGUCGCGAUAGUCAAAAUUCCACUGCAAGCAGUUAUUACGGUAGCAUGCAAAGUCGUCGUAGCAGUCAAUCAUCCCAGGUGUCUUCUAUACCUACCAUGCGACCGAAACCCUCGUGUAACUCGACUACGGCUUCCUUUUAUGAUCCCAUUUCACCAGGGUGUUCCCGGCGCUCUAGCCAAAUGUCAAAUGGUGCUAACUGCAAUUCAUUUACUUCCACAUCAGGACUACCCAUAUUAAGCAACGAAUCGAACAAAAGCUUGAAUGCAUGUAUUAGUAAACCGAAUCUCGGGGUUCAGGGUGUUGGAAUUUACAAUAGUAGUCUACCCCCGCCUCCAUCGUCUCACCUAAUUGCAACAAACUUGAAGCGCUUGCAGCGGAAAGAUUCAGAAAAUCACAAUUUCACUAGCGGACGAUUUUCUAUUCCUACUUAUAUGCAUUCUAUACACAUAAAAAACAACAAACCAGUCGGAGAAAACGAAUUUGAUAAAGCAAUAGCGAAUAAUACACUUCGACGUCAAACUGAGCCAGUGCCAAACUUAAACUUAGAUCCAUUAACAAAUAUUCCUCGGUUCAGUACAACACCGCAUAGCUUUGAUGUUAAUGUUGGAAAGACUAAUAAUAUAGAAUCGUCAAUUAAUAAGGAUAGCUUAAGAAAGGAUCUGUGCACUGUUUCAAUUAAGGCUGACAUGGCAAUGACUGGUGACCAACAUCCAAAUGAAAGAAUAAAUCUGGACGAAGUUGAAGAACUUAUACUUCCCGAUGAAAUGCUUCAGUACUUAAACUUGGUAAAAGACGACACAAAUCAUUUGGAAAAAGAACAUCAAGCUCUACCUAUGUGGUCAAAUGUAUCCGAAACUAUAGCUUCAAACCACUACCGAGAACAAUCAAAUAUAUAUUACUCCAAUAAACGAAUUUUAACACCGCCUUCUAACGUUGAUAUACAACCAAAUACAACAAUGUCUACAGUACAAGACAAAUUUGCAAUGACGGCGAUCGGGGGUUCAUUCAGUCAAAGACAAUCAAGUACCUUAACUGUAACAAAUGAACAUGGGCAUGCCAAAUGCGAAAGCUUCCAUCACCAUUCUCAAAAAUAUAUAAACACUGACAUUGGCCCCAAGCAGCAAUCAACAUUACCGUCAGCCUAUCAACGGCAAACAGAAAAAUCAAAUUAUAAUCAAAUCAUAGACUCAUCGAUGACUAGUUUGCCGGAACUUAAUGUAGAUUCAAUAUAUCCUCGAAACGAAACAGAAAAUAUAUUUAAAGUACACGGAGACCAUGAUAAUGAAAUCCAAUGCGGAAUUAUAAGUCAAUCUCAAAUGUCUCCUUCCACUAAUUUUAAUAAUGAUGGUCAGUUUUCUACCGUAAAUAUGCAACCAAUAACAAUAUCCAAAUUAUUUCCCCCUGAACCACAAAAAAUAGUUUGUGACACCCAAGCGAGUAAUACUUCAGUCAUGCAUUUAGACACAUAUCAGCGUACUCUGGAAUAUGUACAAAGUUGUCAAAACUGGAUGGAGACGAACAACACAUCUACCAAUCAAAUACAAAGCCUCCCGGGAAUGCCGGUAAACACUACAUUGUGGCCUGAUGUUAGCAGCUCUACACAUCCAUAUCAUGGGACAAAUAUGGUUAUCAACGAUAUGACAACAUCCCUUACUUCCUUACUCGAGGAAAAUAGAUACCUUCAAAUGAUGCAGUAAAUAAUGUUAUCUAGAUGAAACUGACAAGAAACAGGUCAAAAUAAACUAUUUUAUUCUUUUUAGUUUGUAUUUCCUUUUAGGCAAUAGGAUAUACGCAAUAAAAAAAAUUACAGAACAAAAUUACAGUAAAUCCUAUUUAAGCACUGUAAUAUUUUAUACAAAUGUUUUUUAAUCGAGUUAAUUUUAUUCUACAAUAACGAGUAUUUUAUUUAAAAUACAUGUAACAAUAUAAUGUCUUCCGAGCUAUUUUAGAAAUUAAAAUGCAAAUUAUAAUCUUACUAAAUAAUUAUUUUGACAGAGUUUAUUUCCCGUUAAUACCGGUUCACAAUAAUAUUAAUUAUGACGCUACCAUCAAAAAAAGGCGUUGCAUACUCGUGGGCUUAUAUUUAUAUGGAAUAAUUAAAAUUAUAAAAUAUUGGUUUAUAUAUUCGGUAAAGGGGCGUACACAUUUGUACAAACAUGUUAACCAAAUUCUAAAUUGGUAAUUCCAGAUUCUAAAAGAAUUCCAAUCAAUUACCGAAACCUAAAAAGACAGAACGCUAUAGCUUAUUUCCUCGACUAUCAGAUCCGUUACUCAGAUAGUAGGAGUAAGAGGGCGAAAUUUCGGAUUAUGAAUUAAUAAAUAAUAUAUUUUUUAAAUGGCACAUAUAUAUCAAUUAGAGACCCCUGUAUACUUUAAA